CGAAUCAGGGCCGAGGCGUUUGACAUGAUGAGGCGAACGGCGCCGUGAAGACACGUAUUGCUGCACACAUUCAGCUUCAGGGGCUGAACACAUUCCUCGACACGCUGCAUUCCUCUCAUGCUCGCCCUUUCAACAGCAGAGGAGCUAAAAUGGGCAUCCGAUGGCGCUGCGACCUGGACAAGCCAGUUCUCAUACAGAACUUCAAGCGGCGGGGCUGGAUAGAUGUGUCCGCCGAGUUGGAGGACGACAGCUGGGACCUGUGGUGGGCCAACGUGCAGAGUGUUAAGCAGCUGUUUGGCGACUCCAUGACGCGCCUGCACCCGCACCAGCGCAUCAACCAUUUUCCAAACCACUAUGAACUCACGCGCAAGGACCUGAUGGUAAAGAACAUCAAGCGCUACCAGAAGCAGGUGAAGCGGGAGGGCGGCACCGCGGCGGAGCUGGACAUCAUACCCGCGACAUACGUGCUGCCGCAGGACUACAUGCUGUUUGCGGAGGAGUUCCGGCGCUGUUGGCAGCUGCAGCAGAAGGAGCAGCAGCGCGAGCAGCAGGAGCAGCAGCAAGGGCAGCAGGGUGGCAGUAGCAGCGGCGGAGGCGCGGCAGGCGGCAGUAGCAGCGGGUCUGGGGGCACGACCUGGAUCAUGAAGCCGUCAUCCAAAUCUCAGGGCAAGGGCAUCUUCCUCAUCAACAAGCUCAGUCAGAUCAAGCAGUGGAGUGUGGGCAGCCUGCCUCCGGCGCUGCGCAGUGGCACGGACAGCUAUGUGGUGUCGAGGUACAUCGACAACCCCCUGCUGAUUGGCGGCAAGAAGUUUGACAUGCGCAUUUACGUGGUGGUCACCAGCUUCAAGCCGCUGAGGGUGCACGUGUCCAAUUUGGGCUUCUGCCGCUUCUGCAACGUCAAGUACAGCGCCGAGGUGGGUGAGCUGGAGAACGAGUUCAUGCAUCUGACCAACGUGGCCAUCCAGCAGCACGGCCAGGACUACAACGAGCACCACGGCAACAAGUGGCCGCUGGCGGACAUGCGGCUGCUGCUGGAGGCCACCCGCGGACCCGAGGCGGCGGAGCGGCUGUUUGCGGACAUUGACGGCGUCAUCCUCAAGUCGCUGCGCGCCUGCCAAAACAUCAUCGUCAACGACCGCCACUGCUUCGAGCUGUACGGGUACGACAUCAUCAUUGAUGACACGCUCAAACCCUGGCUCAUCGAGGUGAACGCCUCGCCCUCGCUGUCCACCACCACCCAGGCCGACCGGCUGCUGAAGCACCGCGUCAUCAGCGACACGCUCAACCUGGUCAGCCCGCCCGACUGGCUGGCCGCCACAGACCCCGCCGCACUGCCGCCGGACGUGCGCGGCCUGGACCCGGCAGAGUACCCGUUCCGAGAGCAGGUGGGCAGCCUGCGCCUCAUCUGCGACGAGAGCGAGGAGUACGCGCGGUGGCGGGAGGAGCGAGAGCGUCAGGCGGCGAGGGCGGCGCGCGCAGCAGCAGGGGCAGGCGCAGGCACUCGAGAAGGGGGCGGGGGCAGUGGAGGCGCAGGCGGAGGUGGCGACUGGUCGUGGGGAACGGCGGAGCAGUCCGGACAGCAAGGCAGGCGGAUGGAGAGGCACCACUCCGCGCGGGCGUAUGGGGCGGGGGCGCAGUACGGGGUAAGGGGAGCUGGAGGAGGGGGAGGGGCGGCAGCUGGUGAGGGCGGGCGGCAAGGUCCGGGCGGCUCCGCGCAGCAGCAGACGCAGCAGCAAGCGGGUGGUGGGGAGCAGCGCUGGGAGCCCGCCCGGGCGUUCCGCAAUACGGGCGCAGCGGGGGCCAAGACGGGUGGCGGGGGAUCGCGGCCGCGGUCUGCGGUGUGAUCUGGCUUCCUGCGUGCAGAGGAGGCGGGGCGGCGGUGUCUUGAUGGGCGGUCAGCUCCUGUUUAUAGCAGGUGCACUACCAGCAGUUGCGAUACUAGACUGGACGUACUGUGUUGGCGCACCGGCGUUCAGCUGCCUUGCUGUCACCCUCUGACAGUGGUGCAGCCAGUCGUGUGUCGUGUGCCGAAAGCGCUGUGGUGCACGGACGCCGAAGGUGGCGUAUUGUGAUUCAUUCAAUUUAUGUCACCAUGCACUAUACAGGAUGGUGUAUUGGUGCAAAAAGCUACCGUGCAUACAAGGCGCUUGAAUGGAACGUGUAUGCGGGGUUUGGAUUCAGUUCUGGUUCCUGAAGUUAGUCAUGAAACAGAGGCGGGGUGGGACUGGGCGGGCAUGAUGGCGCAGGUGGCUCACGUUGUGCAAGGGUGCAGCAGCUCCGACUGGGGGUUCCGGCUGACACGUAUGUAAAGAGCGCUUACCGAUUUUUACGGCUAUCCGCGACGUAUUAGUAUUUGUUAAUGCCUAUUGCAUGUAAAUAGGCGGCGUGGGGCUGAGGGUGCACGUGUUGAUUGGCGGCGAGUGACGUGACUAGUUUGUUAGCUGCGGGUUAGCACGGACUGUGCACCCCACCCAACCGGCCAUGUCCGGAUUUGCGGGGAUGCCAAAGGCCCCCAACAUAGAGGCGUGUGCUUAGUAGGCGCCCGCGUCAAGGUGGCUGGGUUGAUAACGACCCGGGAUCAGCCCUUUUCCUCCCUCCCUAAGGCAGCCACCUCCUUGUUACGGCUAUCUGGGGUGCGGUGAGAACGUGCGAAGUCGGGUGGGCGGCAGUGGAUCGAUCCGGUGGGGACCAGUGGAAACGUGGGAACCGUACGUAUGCGAGCUGUCUUGCCAUGGCGUGAUGCUGAUGACUGCACUACAUGUAUCCAGAGGGCAUGCCGGUUUCAUGACGGGUGUGGGGAACCGCAAUGCGGUCCGCACCCGUCACCU